AUGUCUGACUACAAGCCCAUUGAUUGGCCGAAUUUCAGUGACGGGAACCCUGCUGCAUGGCCAUCAAACAAUUCAGGCUUCGUUCGCUGCGACAACGACGCAACGUCGCAGUUAUGGCUCCAAAAGCUUGGCAAGGUUAUUGCGACCAUACUUGGCUACCAACAGCCGCAAAAAUACCAAAUGAAUGGAUGGCCUAAUGGCUACGCAGUGUUUUCCACCGUCCGUGAAGAUUCUACAAGAAGUGACCACUACCUCUAUGGUGGCAACAGGAAGUACAGAUCCGCAGCGGAAUUUCAAGCUCACGCAGUGUGGCUCUUCUUCGCUGGAAAACCCCCAACGAACUACGAAGAACUCCUUCCAAAGUCGUCUCCCAGGACACCCAAACCUAGUGCCCUGAAGGCUGGGUCUUCUCAAUCACCUCUGAAACGACCCAGGUCUCCAGAGAUUGCCCGUUCCAUUGACAGCCAGCCUGAGCUGAAAAAGAUUGGUGGCCCAUCACUCAAGAAGAUAUCCUUCAUUGAAAUGAGUUCUUCAAGCACACUGGGGACGGGCCUUUCUUCCCAAACCGUGAUUCCGACAAAUACCUCCAGCGCGUCAGACUUCUCAAAGGACGAUUCACCAGAUGAAGACAGGCAGACCCGGCGAUUGCUCUCUAUUCAAAAGAGACCUUCGGAGCCCGUGAGGAUGUUCCCGACUCGGGAGCAGCUCCAUAAACCCAGUCGAACGUUUCGGAUCGGAGAACUGGUUUGGUGUGCGGUAGAUCCCCCUCUACGCGGCACGAUCCCAGGCGCUGUCAUCGAUCAGUGGCCUGGGUUGAUUGAAGACAACCGUGUUCAGAAGGAGAUUCGUGGAAAUGUGGUCACCGAGCGACGGCUGUAUCACGUCAAAUUACUUGCUAUCACCGACACUUUUGUGCUACCCCCGGAGAUGGUUAUACCAUACAGACUUUCUAGUGCUCCGGAAUCACUCAUUGAAGUCCUUCGCACCGUGCGUCCCCCAAUGGAUCUGCGCACAGCACAGAGUCUGUACCAUUUUCGACAUAAUAUUGCAUACAGCCGCACACAGUACCCAGAUCAUAGUCGCGGCGAACCACCCUCGGACCAAUUUCUUCAGGCCAGUGGAUUCUAUGCACUGGCCUCACAGACUGCCGCUCAUCUGGCACUUUGCUGGGGAUUGGCCCAUCCAGCAGAGAUAAACGACCACGAUACGGACAGCUCUUCUCUCCAACUCUUCUCAGCACUCUGGUGGGGUGCUGAACUCAUUUAUAUUGAGGAAAUGGUAGUGCUGAGAUUCAGUCGGGGAGUAAUAGGGAACCACGGGGCCGUGGCUGGUCUCUUUCCCUCACGUAAUGACUCGGACAACAGCGCAGUUCUGUUGCGUAUUCGACUCAUCGAGAGGGAUGGGCGGAAAUGCAUGUUGACUGGCUCGCUAUACGAGCUUGUGUCCGAUACAUCAAUUCAUACUCCGACACCCUCGGACCUUACUCCCAUACAACCGCCACCGUCUGGUAUGAUGUGGAGGAAUUUGCUACCAGCAAAACUGGAAGUGCGGGUCGAAGUCGUCCUUGUGGCGUGUCGCUACUACCCGGACAGGUUUGAGUUUGGGCGGGAGAGUAUGAGAAUCAGUGCACACUCCGCUCCUGUGUUAAACGGACUUCGCGCUGGCUCUUCUUUGAAUACUUUCCCCCUCGAAUUUGCCGCCACCCGGUCGGGGAUGGCAAGGCACUCUCAUACCGCUGCUCAAAAGGAGCUCCUCGCGUUCUAUAACGAGGAGAUGAGCGAGUGA